CUUUGCUUCUCCCUGCGUUACGCAAUGGACUUUUCUCGGUUAUCGUUUUGGCUUCCAGUGAUGAAGAAUGGUUUCCCAGGAAAGUUGGUGGUAAUUGCAGCACUAAUGCUUCUUCUUUUGGCGGAUCUCCGAGCAACUUGUGCAUUAGUUCCUCAUGGUGGUGAUCCCCAUUAUAGUUUGAUAUCGCAUGUUGACAAUAAAGAUGGCACGAGAAAGGUCACAAAAGAAGGUUGCUUUGGAUGUCAAAAUACGUUUAGCAAGACAACUACUAUAAUAUUGCCCAUCCGACGCAGCCUGAGACCAAACAACCUGCCAAAGCCACCUUCACCCACCAGAAAUGGAUUACACAGACAUUUUGUUCCAGCACCGCCAGAUGCUGUCCGCUGAUGUUUAGUUGAGAAAUCAUGUGAUGCUCUUCUUCCAUUAAUAAGUCAGUAGGUUAAGUGAUUUGAAUUUGAGAUGCUUUUCUUCCAUUAAGAAGUCAAUAGGUUAAGUGAUUUGAAUAUGAAGGUUUUUAAUCCAAAGUGUAAUGGUAUCAAAGUGAACAAUCUUUGGUUAGGCAUUGCUUCUUGAUGUGUUUCAGUGAUUUGAUUUGGAUGGUGGAUACUCCAAAGCGAACAAUAUUUGAUGUUGUAAAAACUCAAUCCAAGAUAUACAGUAUGGAAUAAAUUCACCUAAGUCUCUCUUUUAGGAUAGCUUUUAAGUGUGGAAAAGCUUAUUGAGGUGGUACAGAGAAUGAAAGUUUAUUGGACUAAAAAGUCUAAGUUGAAGCCAAAUGCGU